UGAAACGAUGUCCGGAAGUCCCAUAAAUACCCAUACCAUCCGUCACCACCACCGUCCUCACACUUGAUCCCUAACCUUUGUCAAGCCCACAGACAUACGCACCAAGACAAUGUCCGAAGCAGCCGCCAGACGGAUCAUCCAGUCAAUCUCCGACUCCUCCAUGACCGACUCCUCCUCCGCUACCUCCGCCCCCACACCCUCAGCCACGACCUCCAACAUCCUCAUGCAAGACUUCUCCCUCGCCGGACGAACCUGUAUCGUAACCGGUGCAGCUCGCGGCCUCGGUCGCGAAUUCCUGCACGCAUUCGCGAACUCCGGAGCGACAAAAAUGGCAUGUCUCGAUAUCAACAAAGACCAAUCCACCGAGUCCUGCGAAAUCAUCAAAUCCACCUUCGCGUCCGAACACCCCGGAGCCCCCAUUCCGGACGUGAGGCCGUAUGCGGUGGACGUCACGAGCGAAGAAGCCGUCACCACCACAAUCAACCAAAUUAUCUCCGACCUGGGGCCCAUCCACGUCCUCGUCGCCGCAGCCGGAAUUUGCCAAAAUAUCCCCUGUCUAACAUACUCCGCCUCUGACUUCCGCAAGGUCUUUGACAUCAACGUCAACGGACUCUUUUUCUGUGGGCAAGCUGUCGCGAAGAGCAUGGUGGAAAACAACGUGACAGACGGCUCAAUUAUCUUCAUCUCCUCCAUGUCCGCCGGGAUCGUCAAUAAGCCCCAACCACAGGCAGCUUACAACGCCUCCAAAGCAGCCGUAACACAUCUCGCUCGUUCCAUGGCCUGUGAGUUGGCAACGAACGGGAUCAGAGUUAAUUGUUUGGCGCCGGGGUAUAUGCAUACGGCAUUGCUUGAUAAAGUGUUGGAGUUGCCUGGGAAUCCGUCGGAUAUUUGGAUUGAGAAUACGCCGAUGAAGAGAUUGGGGGAGCCGGAGAAGGAUUUGAGGGGACCGGUGGUGUUUUUGGCGAGUAAUGCGAGUAGGUUCAUGACUGGACACGAGUUGGUUGUGGAUGGUGGUUACAGCUGUUGGUAAGCCAACGUGUAGCGGGCAGAGGGAGUACGAGCUGGAGAGGAGAGGCCCGAUGGGGACCAUUUGAUACCCAGCACCAGUAGGAUAGGCUUUUUGGACUCAGCGACUAGCACAGCAGCUGAAUGAAAACGAAGUGUCACCA